GGCACUUCCGGUGCCCGGGUGCUUGGGUUCUCCGCAGGCGGAUGAAAAUGGAGCCCGGCGCCGCCGCCCGCGAUUGCUCUCUCCUGUGGCUGCUGCUGCCCUUGCUGGGCUCGGUCUGCGCUAGCGGUCCUCGCACCUUGGUGCUGCUGGACAACCUCAACCUGCGGGAGACGCACUCGCUUUUCUUCCGAAGCCUGAAGGACAGAGCCUUUGAACUCACGUUCAAGACCGCAGAUGACCCCAGCCUGUCCCUCAUUAAGUACGGGGAGUUCCUCUAUGACAAUCUCAUCAUCUUCUCCCCUUCGGUGGAAGAUUUUGGAGGCAACAUCAACGUGGAGACCAUCAGUACCUUUAUUGACGGCGGCGGCAGUGUCCUGGUAGCUGCCAGCUCAGACAUCGGUGACCCUCUUCGAGAGCUGGGCAGUGAGUGUGGGAUCGAGUUCGAUGAGGAGAAAACAGCUGUCAUUGACCAUCACAACUACGACAUCUCAGACCUUGGCCAGCAUACGCUCAUCGUGGCUGACCCCGAGAACCUGCUGAAGGCCCCAACCAUUGUCGGGAGAUCAUCUCUGAACCCCAUCCUCUUUCGAGGUGUUGGGAUGGUGGCCGAUCCCGACAAUCCUUUGGUGUUGGACAUCCUGACGGGCUCCUCCACAUCUUACUCCUUCUUCCCGGAUAAACCUAUCACCCAGUACCCGCACGCGGUGGGGAAGAACACGCUGCUCAUUGCGGGGCUCCAGGCCAGGAACAACGCCCGGGUCGUCUUCAGCGGCUCCCUGGACUUCUUCAGCGAUGCCUUCUUCAACUCGGCGGUGCAGAAGGCCGCGCCCGGCUCCCAGAGGUAUUCCCAGACGGGCAACUACGAGCUAGCCGUGGCCCUCUCCCGCUGGGUGUUCAAGGAGGAGGGUGUCCUCCGUGUGGGGCCCGUGUCCCACCAUCGGGUGGGUGAGACCGCCCCACCCAACGCCUACACCGUCACUGACCUAGUGGAGUACAGCAUCGUCAUUGAGCAGCUCUCCAAUGGCAGAUGGGUCCCUUUUGAUGGUGAUGACAUCCAGCUGGAGUUUGUCCGCAUCGAUCCUUUCGUGAGGACCUUCUUGAAGAAGAAAGGUGGCAAAUACAGCGUCCAGUUCAAGUUGCCUGACGUGUACGGAGUGUUCCAGUUUAAAGUGGAUUACAACCGGCUGGGCUACACGCACUUACAGUCUUCCACUCAGGUGUCGGUGAGGCCGCUGCAGCACACGCAGUACGAGCGCUUCAUCCCGUCUGCCUACCCGUACUACGCCAGCGCCUUCUCCAUGAUGCUCGGCCUCUUCCUCUUCAGCACCGUCUUCUUGCACAUGAAGGAGAAGGAGAAGUCCGACUGAGCGCCGGGGCCCUGGGGCGCCUUGCAGCGUGCCGAUGGGGGUGAUGUAGGGUUGGGUCGUCUUUUUAUGGUGGUGUGUGAGUUUCGUUCCGUGUUUUUGUUUUUUGAAGCCGUGGGACAAUGGCAGAGCCUUACCUCAGUGGGAGAUGCGGCACUGAGUACCGGGGGGGGGAGGGGGGGUGAUUUUUACGUGUUUUUCCACCUGAUGCUAAGUGGUAUUUUUCAUAUGUGGUCACUCUCAUUUCUAAGAUAAAAAGAAACCUUGCCCUCCAACCUCA